AUGGCUAUCGCCGAGAGGAAACCUGUCCAAUUUUCGCUGCCCUAUUUAACCCCAUCAUCCUUCAAUAAGCACGCUUUUUUGUCUGUCAAAACUAGCCGUACCCGUGUAACCAACACCCGCAUCCUGAAAUCACCACCGCACAACGUGCCACAUCAGCCGUGCGAACGCAACAGGCAGUUCAAGUCUGCGACUGCAGCCAGUUUUGCCCAUUCCGGGCUUCCAGACGGGGUAGAUCGAGGCCCUACAGCGAGAGCCGAAGGUCGCAAUGACGACGCAGACGGUGACCUUCCAGCUCUCGAACUACUCGGCCUCCGAAAUCUGGACAAGCCGGCUCUCGACGUGACGGGAAUGCAUAUCAACCAGACAAGCCCAGGGUUGCGUGAACUUCAAGGCGAUAGUCGAGGUAGUCAUGACCGGCCGCUGAUUAUCGAAGAGGACGAGCCAGAUGAGACAGAUAUUGAGGACGAGGCUGAAGACACUUCUGGUAGCAGGGAUGCUAAUGCUAUGAGUCCGCACAAUGCCCUCGCAACCUCGGAACUCGCCUCUGGAUCUGAUCUGAUCAGCCAGCAAGACACCGGCAACAUCGCUCAGAGCACUAGCGUGGAGUCAGCCCUCCGCUCCCUUCCCAAGCCUUCUGGCAAGGGUGGCGAUGAUGGAUGGACUAAGGACGAGCAAGUGAAGUCACCACCAGCUAGCGCACCAAGCUCCCCACGUCCUCGCUCAGUUGAGGUAUCACAGGACGAGAUCGAGAGCCAACAACGUAGCGGAGCCACCAGUAGCAAACCAGAACUGCGAGAUGCUUCUCAACAUGGCACCCCAGAUCAGCGGCUUGAGGAGGGAAGGCAGCGGGAGAAUAUGGUGGUGAAAUAG